CAUCUCCUCUCUGCCUAUUUAUUCACAACCCCUGCCUUCUCUCACUUUGCAUCAACGUCUUCUCCUUCUUCUUCUUCCUCCGCCAGCUUUUCUCUUCCUCUUACUUUUCUCUCCAACAUUAUAUGUUACAGACUGAAACUGCUCAACACUACAAUCAAUGGCUUGCCUUAGCUUAGAUAUUCUUAGUAAGGGCAAGUUAAAGGAGGAGGAAGAGUCACGCACUCAAGAUGGAAGUGUUGAUUUUCAGGGUCGACCUGCAAUCAGAGGAAAAUCUGGAAAUUGGGUUGCUGGGUUUAUCAUACUCUUGAACCAAGGGUUGGCAACACUUGCAUUCUUUGGAGUUGGAGUGAACCUGGUGCUGUUUUUGACAAGGGUACUCCAACAGAACAAUGCUGAUGCUGCUAAUAAUGUCAGCAAGUGGACUGGAACUGUUUAUAUUUUCUCUCUUGUCGGCGCUUUUCUCAGUGAUUCCUACUGGGGAAGAUACAAAACUUGUGCAAUCUUCCAAGUCAUCUUUGUCAUUGGUCUGGCAUCCCUAUCACUAUCAUCAUACCUGUUCUUGAUCAGACCCAAAGGCUGCGGAGAUGAACAAACCCCCUGUGGUGGUCAUUCAAACAUGGAGAUUGGUUUAUUUUACAUCUCUAUCUAUCUGGUUGCCUUAGGAAAUGGAGGGUACCAGCCAAAUAUUGCCACCUUUGGGGCUGAUCAGUUUGAUGAAGAGCACCCUAGGGAAGGGCAUUCAAAGGUGGCAUUUUUCAGUUACUUCUACCUAGCUUUAAACCUUGGAGAACUCUUCUCCAACACUAUCUUGGUUUACUUUGAGGAUGAGGGGAUGUGGGCACUUGGAUUUUGGGCAUCUACAGCUUCUGCUUUCUUGGCAUUAGUCCUCUUUCUUGGGGGAAUCCCUAGAUACAGGCACUUCAGGCCCAGUGGAAACCCUUUCUUCAGAUUUUGCCAAGUCUUGGUUUCUGCAAUCAAUAAAUGGAAAAUUGAGAUACCGGAAGAAGAACAAGAGUUGUAUGAUCUUGAUGCAAAUGACUGCUCUAUGAAUGGCAACAGAAAGAUACUCCACACCCAUGGAUUCAAGUUUUUGGACAGAGCAGCUUUUAUUUCUUCAAGAGAUAUGGAUGAUCAAAGACAAAUCCAUCCAAACCCAUGGCGUCUCUGUCCAAUCACACAAGUGGAAGAAGUUAAAUGUAUAUUGAGACUGCUUCCAAUUUGGCUCUGCACUAUAAUUUACUCCGUUGUCUUCACUCAAAUGGCUUCUCUGUUCGUGGAACAAGGUGCUGCCAUGAAAAUCACAGUCUCAAACUUCCGAAUCCCACCCGCAAGUAUGUCCAGCUUCGACAUUCUCAGCGUGGCGAUCUUUAUCUUCCUCUACCGUCGAGUUCUCGACCCAUUAGUGAGCAGAACAAGAAAGAAGGGCUCAAAAGGACUUACAGAACUUCAACGAAUGGGAAUAGGUCUUGUCAUAGCAAUCUUAGCCAUGGUUUCUGCAGGAAUCGUGGAGUGCUACAGACUCAAGUACGCAAAUUCCGAUUGCCUCCACUGCGAAGGGUCAAGCUCAUUGAGCAUCUUCUGGCAGAUUCCUCAGUACGCAUUCAUUGGAGCAUCAGAGGUUUUCAUGUACGUGGGUCAACUGGAAUUCUUCAAUGCUCAAACCCCAGAUGGGUUGAAGAGCUUCGGGAGUGCACUGUGCAUGACAUCUAUCUCUCUGGGAAACUACGUGAGUAGCUUGCUGGUGACAAUGGUGAUGAAGAUCUCAACUGAAGAUCACAUGGCGGGAUGGAUACCCGGAAACUUGAACAGAGGUCAUCUAGAUAGGUUUUACUUCCUAUUGGCUGCCUUGACAACAGUAGAUUUUCUAGUGUAUAUUGUAUGUGCCAAGUGGUAUAAAUGUAUCAAAUUGGAGAGCAAGUGCGGAGAAGAUGAACAACAGCAACAACUACAGGUCUGAUCAUCAUGUAUCUAAUGAAACAUAUAAACUGGAGAGACUGAAGAAAGACGUGUCAAAAUCUAUAUAUAUAUAUAUAUAUAUAGAGUUUCCUCACCAUAUAAAAAUAAGAAGAUUGUUGUGGCUGAGAAUGAGUGGAAAAGGUUUUUUUCUUGGUAAAAUAAGAAAAUUAAUGUUUUACCCUGCAGCUUACACAGUCUCGGUUUUUUCUUUUUUAAGCUCUGUAUCAUGUAAUUUGUGCAGAUUAUCAGGAAAAUUAAAUUAGAGUAAAAUUUGGAUUAAUAUCAAGUUAGGGAAACUUCCACAAA